CGCAAGGAGUUCACAUCCCUAUAAAUAGCAUUGUAAUUGCUGAUUUGCCAUAUGGAGAUGAUGAAAUUCCCUUAGCAAUGUCAGUGGAACAAGCAUCGUCGGAAUCCAGCUGGCAUCAGGAACUUGGCGUUUCCGGACAGCAGCAGACAAUCAAAUGGCGCACUCUGAAACACAAUGGACCCGUCUUUGCACCACCUUAUAUUCGAUUGCCUCCGCAUGUAAAGUUCUACUACAAGUCUAGACCUGUCGAAUUAUCGGAAGCAGCCGAAGAGGCAGCCACUCUCUACGCAAAGAUUCUUAAGACGGACAUAGCAAAAAAUCCAAUAUUGCAAUCAAACUUUUUCAAGUGCUUUGUUCGAUUACUUCAUCCGCAUCAACGUGAGUUUAUCAAAAAGUUAUCGCUAUGCAACUUUAAGCAGAUCCAUGAGCAUUGUCAGCGUGCGGCAGAGCUGAAGUCCCGUUGCAGCAAGGAUCAGUUGAAGCAACAGCGUCAGGAGGAGAUGGAUCGGUUUGGCUACUGUGAGAUCGAUGGUCAGCUGGAAAAGAUCGCCAACUAUCGCAUCGAGCCUCCAGGCAUAUUCCGGGGUCGUGGCAAUCAUCCCCUGAUCGGGCUGCUUAAGCCACGAGUCCAACCCGAAGACAUUACCAUCAAUUGCAGUGACGGCUGGACGCCAGCAGCACCCGAGGGGCACAGUUGGAAGAAGACGUUACACAACAAUAAGGUCAGCUGGCUGGCACGCUGGAGGGACUCGAUGCUGGGUAAGCAAAGGUAUAUCUGGCUGAGCUCAGCAUCACGGCUGGAAGGCAUUCGGGAUCUCAACAAGUUUGAGACGGCACGACGUUUGUCGCUUCAUAUUCGCAUGAUACGUCUGUCAUAUCGGAAUGAUUGGCACUCGGAGGAUUUGAGGCUACGACAACGAGGCGUGGCCCUCUAUCUGAUUGACAGGCUGAUGCUCCGAGUGGGCAACGAGAAGCAGGAGAAUACAGCGGACACUGAAGGCUGUUGCACACUGCGAGUUGAGCACUUGAAGCUAUGCAAUCGAUUGCAAGGAGUCCCUCAUGUGGUCGUGUUUAACUUUCUCGGCAAGGAUUCAAUUAAGUUCUAUCGCAAAGUUGCCGUCAACUCGACAGUCUUUGCGAAUUUGCGUUGUUUUCUGAAGGGCAAACAGAGCGUAGAUUUGGUGUUCGAUUUGCUUUUGGCAAAGUAUCUAAACAGACAUCUGAAAAUGCUUAUGGAGGGACUUACAGCCAAGGUUUUUCGCACCUACAAUGCCAGCAAGCUGCUGCAAAAACGCCUCGAUGAUCUCACGCAUCCCUGUCUGGCUCUCAAUGAGAAACUCCAUGUCUAUACCAAGGCCAACGCCAUGGCAGCCCAAUUCUGCAAUCAUCGACGUGCGAUGACAAAGGCCAACUCCCUUAAGCUGCUCAACUGGCAGAAACUCAUCAAAGUCAAGCAAUCUCAGAUUGUACACUUCAAGAAACGCUGCAGAAUCAAACGUCAUUUUCAUUCAGCUAGCAAUAAUAAGAAAAAACUAUGCAAGCUUCAAAGCGAACUAUCCACUCUGAAGGCGAAGCUGGAAAAAGACUCGGUGCGAAGCAAUGUAGCCCUAACCACAUCGAAGGUCAACUAUCUAGAUCCUCGCAUCACGGUCGCCUGGUGCAAGCGGAAUAAUGUUCCCAUUGAGAAGGUCUUUAAUUCGACGCUGCGGAACAAAUUUAAAUGGGCAAUACGAGCGACAAACGAGGAUUUCCGUUUCUAACACAGACGGGUAAUUAUUUAAUGGGACAUACAAAUAUUAUAUAUUCACGCUUUCUAUAUUUGGUAUCAAAGCAUAUGUAAAUAACUGAAAAGAUAACUUAUAUCUGUCAUAAAAACAUCUUUUCAUCUUCUCGAAGUUCCCAGCUCUGCUCACUUUGAAAUAUAUAUUUACAUCAUG